CUGUGUCACGAGCGUGGUUUGGUUGCUGCGGAUCUCAUCUUAGCUUUACCCAAAGGUGGGGAUCGCAUGAAGGAUUCUGUUCAGUAUCGCGCCUUUCCAAAGCAGUUUGCUUCUAAUCCUUCACCUAUCGUCACGGAUAUCGUGUUACAUCAGAUUCACAACUGGAUUGCCGGAGUUUUGGCGGAGCGCGUUAGACUCGUUUCUGUCGUGGACGAUGUUGUUCCAUCCUCCGUUGAUUGGUCGAAGUCUGUUGGUGAAAAAGGCGGUGUAACUAAACGCUGGAUUCCCUGGUUGACUGAGAGACCAAAACCCAUCCACGUAAUCUGGUUUUACAACCGAACAUCUGUUGGCGAUCAAACUACGGGCUCUGCAUUGGUCCACCAACAUCCACCGCUUGUCCUAUCAGCACUUUCCGUUCCUUUCACAGGUCGUGUUCGAUUUUGGAUUAGUGAAUCAAUACCAUCUAGCCAUAUGGAUACUGCCUCUCAUCGCAUUUCGGGUCUGAAUCACUGGCCUGCCCCCACAUCGUCUGCUUUGUCCAUAACAGAAUUGUUGAAUUCAUUGGAAUGUCCCGAAAAUUUGACAUAUCUCAUUGUUACACCCGAAGCAAAAUGUCUUGGAUUCGGAAAGCAACCGGGUGAAUAUCUGAGCUAUCCUAAUUUGGAGUUGUAUUUACGUUUACUUUAUCCGUCUGUAGAUGAUGUUCUUCUUGCUUCUUUCUUUUUGCUUAAUUUGCUGGUUGUUUUAAACACAGCAAUACGAGCUGGAAAACUCAUAGCUGUUGUCGGGCGACGUUGGAUGGGCAUUCCUGUUUCAUACACUCGUGAACAUUUGGGGCUCAUACAGUCGUUCAUUCAACUGGCACGUCAGGGCUGGACGUUGCAUCGACCAUCGAGACCAAGAUAUCAUGCCGAACAAUCAUCUCCAGUCAAUUCGAAUAACACAACAGCCAGAGAUGAGCGUACAACACGCGACGAUAGCUUCUCAGUUAAGAGACAAGUUAUUCAAUGGGGGAGGUCGACUGUUGUCGAAUUUUUUUCCCACAACUUAUUCUUUUUGCUCACUGUUCUUCCUGUGAUCAAUGCAUUGAGCUUGUCCCAGGCCGCAUGUUUCCUGAAUUUAUCAUUGUGGGUUUUGCGAACCUUCGUUCUCUUGCCGCCUGUAGUAUCUCUUCGUGUAUCUAUCGUCGAAGGGCACUUUUGUUGGCUUCAAUUUUUUGUUGUUGUUAUUUUAUAUUAUUUGACCGUCCUUGUCUCUGCGGCCCAUGUCUAUUUCGUCCUUUUAGGUGUGAAACCGUUUGCUCGUUCCCGCCAGAGAGCGGUAUCCUUUUUAUCUUCCCGCCGACUCAGUCGUGCAUCUCCGGACGAGUUACUUAAUCAACUUACACGAUCCUUAUUAAUCUCUGAUUUGGAGCCCCAAGUGGAACAUACCGCUUCGAGCACGAGCGUUACCAGCAGUUCAAGUCUAUCAGAACUUGAUCCUGCAGAAGUGAUCACACAAGGCUCGUUGUCAAACACAAACCACUCUACGCAUGCCUCUCACAUGGGGCAAAAUAUCGAACAGACACGGCUACUGCGUCGAUUGGGUCGACUUCAUUCACUACUCCAUGAAGGUUCACACUAUCUCCCAACCAACUCCGUUGCUCAUCCAGAAGAUGCUUUUGAGCAGCAAGAACAAGGCGAAUUUCGGCCAAAUCUCAGGGCUGCCCCAGCGCAUAUCUAUACAUGGCAGUGCUCCCCUCAUGCUGAAAUGAGCACAAAUUUGAAGACAGAAUCUAUAUCCAUUCCGUCGGUAACACCCAGGAAGUCUCAGCCACCGCGACGUUUUACCUUUGAGAGCAUGAAUACGUGCGGUACGCUUCCAGCGACCAUUCCUAUUCCUGAAGCUGAGUAUGAAGCAGAGGAUGAAGAUGAGAUUGUUUUUGAACAACAACGUAGUGCUCCGCGACAGUCACUGGCCCGCCGGUUACGCUGUCACAGACGUCGAUUCCGGAUGUCGCAGCUACAUGUACGAGAAAGUAGUUCUAGUGAUAAUAGUAUCAGAGAAGGUGUUAAUUCCAGUCGCGAGUCGUCUUCUGAGAGUAAAUCACAUGCUCGACCUACAAUGGAAUGGCCACCGUGGGUAAUACCAUGUGAGGAGUGUGUUGUUUGUUGGCGGGUAUUCCGACCAGGGGUUCGUCUGGGUGCUUUACCUUGUGGUCACGGUUUUCACGAGGCCUGUAUUCGCCGUUGGCUAGAUACUGGUGCACUUGAUUGCCCAGUCUGUCGCUGGCCUGCUCACGCUCCUCAUUUACGGCAGCAGCGUCAAAUGAUUGGUCAGUUGCUUAACGCGGUCCAAUCCACUUUGAAUGCCAAUGGAGGGCAACUGUUGAAUGAUUUCAGUUCGGAUUCCCCUUUGAGAACAAGUUGCUUUUAA